GUAAAGGAGCCUUCAAAUAGCAGCGGGAACGCGUAUAGUUACAGCUACAUUCUCCUUUAGCUUUCCCCCUCCCUCUCUCUCUAUAUCUGUGCUUCUUGAGUUUGUUCUUUUCGAGAUCUGUGCCUCCGUGUUUCCUCUUCGUUCGACCCCUUUGCUCGUGAGAUUUUAUCGACUCGCUCAGAAAUGGCGCCACCAAUUGAGAUUGCUGCUACCAAGAGCUAUGCUGAGAAACAGGCUUCACUUCCUCUUCUUAACGAGAGGAUACUUUCGUCCAUGACCCAUAGAUCAGUUGCUGCACACCCUUGGCAUGAUCUUGAGAUUGGACCUGAAGCUCCAAUAAUCUUCAAUUGUGUUGUUGAGAUAGGAAAAGGAAGCAAGGUGAAGUAUGAACUCGACAAAACUACGGGUCUCAUCAAGGUUGACCGUAUUCUUUACUCAUCAGUCGUGUACCCACACAACUAUGGGUUCAUUCCCCGUACCCUUUGUGAGGACAAUGACCCUAUCGAUGUUCUUGUCAUUAUGCAGGAACCGGUGAUCCCUGGAUGCUUUCUCCGGGCCAAAGCUAUUGGGCUUAUGCCAAUGAUUGAUCAGGGUGAGAAAGACGACAAGAUCAUUGCUGUCUGCGCUGACGAUCCAGAGUAUCGCCAUUACAAUGACAUCAAGGAGCUUCCACCCCAUCGUCUGGCUGAGAUCCGCCGUUUCUUUGAAGACUAUAAGAAAAACGAGAACAAGGAAGUCGCAGUUAACGACUUCCUCCCUGCUACCGCUGCCUACGAAGCAGUUCAGCAUUCCAUGGAUCUCUAUGCCGAUUACGUCAUGGAAACCUUGAGACGGUGAUCUCUUUCACCAUCAAGCAACCAACAAAGAACGUUUACAACUGCAUUUUCACAUUUGUUUUCUUGACAGAUGUGAAGUGUAUACAAAGAGUAAAAAUACUUACAUAUAUAUGUUAGGGUUCAAAGGAUAUUCAUCUGUGUAUGUCCUUUUUGUUGAAUCCAGUAGUAUGAUGCCGAAAAAAAUCAAAGAAACUAAAGAACGUUGGUAUUUUUUUACCCAUUUUGGUUGUUCUUUUUCACUUCA